AGUCUGAAAUGGCAGCCGAAGUUUUGAACCAGCUUAAGCCGCAAUAUCCUUCAUUGGAGGCUCAAAUCAAUGAAAUGAUUGACCUUUAUAACAAGAAGCUCUGGCACCCUCUCACCAAGGAGCUCGAAAAUUUUGUUCAUAAGCCAGAAUUCAACGAGGGAACGAGUUUGUUGACCUUAAAAGAUAGCUUACUGCGCGAUAUCCAUACCAGAAUUAACCCAUUUUCAUUGGUUAAUAUAAGUCUACGAGUGCUCAAGCAAGAAUCAGAUUUGAGCCAAAUUCUAGCAUAUGUUGAGCAAAUGAAAACCCUGCCAAAUGUGAAACACGCAGAAUCGGCUUUGCUUCUUUGCGACGUAGCAAUUGCGGAUCUAAAAUUGACUUUGGAUCAGCAGCAAGAAGCGAAGAAAAUGAUCGAGGAACUUCAAGAUAAAUUUGACGCUUUAGAUGGAGUAGGACCUGUGCACAAAAAGUUCUACGAGCUGAGCAGUCGAUACUACCAAAUGCAGGCUAACCAUGCAUUGUACUAUCGCGAGGCGCUGAGGUAUCUCGGAUGUAUUGAUGUGAAUAAAGACUUGACUGAGAGUGAGCGUCACACAAAAGCAGUCUGUUUAGGGCUAGCUGCAAUCUUAGGCGAAGGUGUUUACAAUUUUGGCGAACUACUGGCCCACGAAAUUCUCAAUGCGCUUUCGGGAACUGAACAAGAGUGGGUGAAUGAGCUCCUUUUUGCCUUUAAUUCUGGCGAUAUUGCUAAGUAUGAGAGUCUGAAAAGCUACUGGUCGACCAUACCAGAUUUGGUUGCUGCUGAAAUGGCGUUGAGACAGAAAGUCUCACUUCUGUGCUUGAUGGAAAUGGCGUUUAAGAUGCCAGCAAAUAACCGCAAUCUCAAAUUCGAAGAAAUCGCGAGUGCUAUUAAGAUCAAGUUCGAUGACGUUGAGCUUCUUGUUAUGAAGGCACUUUCGUUGGGGUUAAUCAGAGGUUGUAUCGACCAGGUGGAUGAGAUUGUUCACGUGACCUGGGUUAGUCCGAGAGUUUUGAGUCGUGACCAACUAGCGACUAUGAGUAAAAAAUUGGUGGAUUGGCAGGGAGAUAUCAACAGAGUGGAACAUCUUGUUCAAGACGGCGCCAAGACUAUCAUUGGCUAUUAAAGUUGUAAAAUAUAUGUUUGGAUGGCAGAAUGUUGUGAGAUUACUUUGACUAGAUUUUUGUGUUCAGUUAAUGCUGAUAAAUUUAUUCUGAUCGGAUAA